AUGGAAGAAGUAUUUAAGAGCCUACAGGGCAUGACUUAUAUCUCCGACCCAAAUGCCAGUGACUCCAUCACUAACUAUACAAAGAAGAGCGCCGCCGCCUCAACAGAUACCGCUGCCGUGGGGGCGUUAUCUGCUGAGAUACGAGACCCCCAGUCCAAGGAACGGCGUUGGCUCGGGACUUUUGACACCGCCGAGGAGGCUGCAUGCGCCUACGACUGUGCAGCUCGAGCUAUGCGUGGGAUCAAGGCUCGAACCAAUUUCGUCUACCCGGCGACGGAGCCUCACUCGGCGAGCGAUCAUUUCCUUCCACCUUUUACCUUCUCGAAGCAGUCACAGUCAUCCAGCAGGGACAUUAACUGCAUCCGUCAUCAGUUUGGCCAAUCUUCUAACUGGUCAUCGCUGGCAAACCAACAUUCCGGUGACUUCUCCGUUGGGUCUUCUGCUCAAAGAAACGCUUCUCCGAACAUGGUUUUAUUCCGCAACCUUUUGAAUUCAUCUAAUUCAUCUCUCCACGCGCCUCCUCCUCAGUCUCUGGCGGACUAUAUUCCAUUAAUCCACGGAAAUGCUUCCUCUUCUUCGUUUUCUUUCACUUUUAGCUAA